AUGUACCUAGAGAUGCACUCGCUUAAGCGGUCAAUCCCUGACCAGGCUGUAGGGCCGACAAAACGAAGCGCUUGGCAACAGCCAGCGUCAUGUGAGUUCUGCCGGCUUAAGAAGAUCCGAUGUGACAAGCAACGCCCUUGCUCUAGUUGCGUAGCUAGAGAUACAACCUGUGAAUAUGUUUCAUUGGCAGGAGGGACCCUGCAUCCAGCGGUCCAAACAGGUGUCAAUGAUAGUGCUCCGGCUACGUACAUAGGCACUCCGUCGUUAGAAAGAGAUAUCCAGGAGGUAAAGGAGCGCUUGAAGAGGGUAGAACAACUGUUGCUGGAACGUCAGAGCCCACUCCAAGGCUCAAAUCCGGGGGACGUAGAUUCUUUGGUUAUUACUCCCCAGCCUGAAUCCAAGGCAGUAUUGCGUAAUGUUAACCACGAGGAGUGGGACAAUCUGGAAUCCAUUGCAGCGUCCCCGCAGACUGAAGGAUUGAAGGAUUCGAAAACUGAAAACAAAAGUCUACAGAGCCAAGCACCCUCGGCAAUAACGCAGGAGUGCGGUAUAGAUCGGCAGCUCCCUCCGGUUGACACAGCUAUGGCACUGCUUGAACACUACGUUCAAGGAGUAGACUAUUUGGGUCGUGUAGUCCAUGCCCCAUCGACACGCAGUCUCCUUGAAAGUGUAUAUUCUCAGCUGUCACAGUCAACUAGUCCUCCCGCCGAAAGUAUCAUAUUCCUUCUAGCCAUAUUUGCUUCCGCGUCAUUCUAUCUAGAAUGUGGGCAGCUCCAUCUAUCAUCUGACGGGCUACACCUGCACGCAGGACAAUCCCACCGUUGGAAAGAGACCACUCUUCAGCAUAUGUUGCAAAUGGAUCAGCUUUUCUCGUGCUCAAUGAUGUCAUUGCAAUCAGCUUUGAUCAUCCUAGUCCUUCUUUGGGAUUCAGAAGGGCAAUCAAAAAGAUUUCAUACUCUGAAAAGCCUCGCGUAUGCGAAGGCAAUUCAAAUGGGGAUGCAUAAUGUAGAUGCAGGAUCGUCAGACGUUGGGCAAGAUCGCCUCGAACAGGAGAUGAAGCGCCGUUUAUGGUGGCACCUCACUUGUACAGAUUGGUUACUUGGAAGCGCACCCGGCCCACAGCAGGGUAUUUACAUGAUCAGCCCUCACCAUACGACGGUCAAGUAUCCUGCGAAUAUCGAAGACGAAGAUCUGACCGAAGAGGGUAUUCAUCGACACCCGAAACCCGACCGUCACCCAACAUCGAUGUCAUUCUUCCUCUGUCGUCUCAAAUUCGCCCAACUCUGUCGCGAAUCCAUGGACGCAAUUCAACAUGCAAAGACUACGCAACCAUCACAACUCAUAUACCCGCUCAUACUGGAAAUAAGCGACAAGUACAUGUCUUUCCUCAGGGAGCUACCGUGGUUCUUCCGUCUUGAAGACGAAGAAGACGAGGCGAAACGUACAGACUUGACCAAGAAGCAGCCCUACAUCUCGCAUCAGCGCGCUGUGCUUCUCUAUGGCAUUUACUCACGCCUAGGUCGCCUCCACCGCCCGUUCGUCACUAAAGGUAUCGCCGACCCUGGCUUUGCAGGUUCAUACAAUAUCGGUAUCGAGUGCGCGGAGAGACUCCUACGGAUCCGUCGCAUGACGGCGGUCCACGGGAGUCAGCUGCUUGACAUAUUCGGCCGCUCGCAGAGUGUUGACCAGCAUACUUUCAAUGCUAUGCUGCUGCUCACAAUAGAUGUGAUGGCGCAUCCGAACUCGCCUGAUUCAGAGCGCCGCAGAGCGGACGUUAUUGAGAUAUGCCACAUCUUGCAAGAUAAGCAUGUAAGGUUGGGUCAGCCUGCGAAUGGAAUUAGUCGAGCCGUGCAAAUGCUGUUGGAUAUCGUGCGGAAUUCGAACAGGCCCCACAUCAAGGACAAAGAUCGUAUUGACAGCACCGGUCAGGUUAGCUCAAAUACUGCGCAAAGUAUGGAUAGUCUAGUGGUUCCGGAUCAAUGCACAAUGGCAUCGGAAGCAUCGUAUCAAACGGCGUGGAUCGACGAGUUCCUUUCAAUAUCUGAUGAUCAAGAUAUGGACACCCUUUUCGAUGAGCUCUGGGGAUCUUACUCAGAGACGAGCAUUCCAUCUCGGGAGGGCUUCUUGAACCGGGAGGGGCUCUCCUAG